CUCGAAGAGCCUCAAUCCACCGCUCCUACUCCUCCUCCCGUCUUGCCCUUGCCUUCUGGUCUCCAUCUCACCACUCAUUCCAACCACCCACCAUGGUCGCCCUGCUCCGCUCCUUCCGCGCCGUUCAGGCCGUCGCCCGCCCCGCCCUUGCCCUCCCCAAGGUCCAGGUCGCUCGCGCCUUCUCGGCUUCGGCCCUCCGCCGCGGCGGUGGUGGCCCCCCUCAGCUCCUCGGUGACGGUGUCAAGCCCGGAGAGGUCCCCACCGACCGCCAGCAGGCCACCGGUAUCGAGCGCUUCGAGCUCAUCGGUAAGGCCGAGGGCGUCGACGUCUUCGACCUCACCCCCCUCGAGGCCGACCGCCUCGGCACUCUCGACAACCCGAUCGAGGUCUUCUCCUACUACCCCGAGCGCCACGUCGGCUGCACUGGCUUCCCCGCUGACUCGCACGACACCAUCUGGCUCCACGUUACCAAGGAGCUCAAGAACCACCGCUGCCCCGAGUGCGGUUCGGUCUACACCCUCAAGUUCGAGCCCAACGCCGACUACGAGGCCCACGCCCACCACUAGAAAAACGGUCCUGCGAGGGCGAAGCAGUUAGGGUCGGAAUGAAUAUCAUCUGGCAAUGGACGAUGAUGGUCAUUGGUCUCGAGGCUCGGACCUCGUCACCUAUGCCCAGAGUUGUCCGAUGCAGGGGAGAGGGAGUAGGAAGUGGCGGGCGGAUGAGCG